AUGGAGCAAAUUACAAAGGGAACAGAAAAUGCAUGUGAUCGAAUAUGUUGUAUUAUGAGUUGUACUCGUAAUGAUAGAUAUUCUCAACUAGAAAAGGUGGUGACGGAGCUUCCACCUCUCAGAAUCAAAGACCUUCCGGUGUUCCCAAAGGGCGACCCGGAGAAACAUUUUGAACUAUGUGUAGUUAUUGUGGCCAAAGUUGCAGCCUCUGAUGGAGUCAUUUUUAACACUUUUAGAGAUCUUGAAGAACAAGGACUGGCAACAUUGCACAAACAAUUCCCUAAUCUUCCAUUUUUCCCAAUAGGCCCAUUCCACAAGUGUGUCCCUGAGGAAGCCUCUUCUUCAACUAGUGAUCAAAGUUGCAUUUCUUGGCUAAACACUCAAGCACCAAACUCUGUUAUUUAUGUUAGUUUUGGGACCAUUGCAGCAAUAUCCAAGACGCAGUUUUUGGAGAUAGCUUGGGGAUUAGCCAACAGCCACCAACCUUUCUUGUGGGUGGUUCGACCUGGCUUAGUCCAUGGGUCAGACUGGCUUGAAUCAUUGCCUACUGGAUUUCUUGAGAAUUUGAAUGAGAGGGGUCACAUUGUGAAAUGGGCACCCCAAAAAGAAGUGUUGGCACAUCCAUCAGUUGGAGCUUUUUGGACUCACAAUGGUUGGAAUUCUACAUUGGAGAGUGUGUGUGAAGGUGUCCCUAUGAUUUGUAUGCCUUGUUUCAGUGAUCAACUGGUGCUUGCAAGGUACGUAAGUAAGGUUUGGAAAAUUGGGUUGCAGUUUGAGAAUGGAACUGAGAGAGGUGAAAUUGAAGAAACAAUUAGAAAACUAAUGGAGGAGAAAGAAGGAGAAGACAUCAGAGACAGAAGUUUGAAGCUAAUGGAGAAGGCAAAUGUUUCCUUCAAACCAGGUGGAUCUUCAUACCAAUGCUUGGAUGGCUUGGUCAAACAUAUUUUAUCAUUUGAAUAAUUUGUUCUCCAAAAUUAGCUUAGAUAUAGCAAGUCCCAAGCUGGUUUCAGUAAGAUUUUUUUGUUUUUUUUUGUUUUUGUUUUUAGAGGAGUAGGGCUUGUUUCCUAUGUAAGUUAAUUUUGAAAUUUUUUGGUCUAGUUCAUGUUUGGCUUUCUUAAUUUUCUUUUUAUUUUGUGUGAAAUCUUUAAUUAUUAGAUUGACAUUAUUAAUCAAAGAGUUAUAAA